CGUGACGGGCGGACGGCGGCGUUCGGCACUUUCUGGAGACUGCUGUCGACCGACCGCCAUAUCUGCGCCAACCACCAAGCCGACUGGGUUGGUUGGGUUGGCUUGCGGCGGGCUGAGCUUGCACAGGGCUCGGAGCAGAUAGGGAGCAGGAAAGGUGUGUGUGUGUGUGUGUGUGUGUGUGUGAGAGAGAGAGAGAGAGAGAGAGAGAGAGAGAGAGAUGAAUUCUUCAGUGAGCGCCGCUCGCGCUCUGGGCGAGCUCGCAGCGUCGGCGAGCUGUUCUGUAGCUCUUUGCAGGCCGUCUUCAUCUUCUUCUUCCUCGUCUUCUCCUUCUUCUUCUUCUUUUUCUUCGCCGGCUUCGCCAUCGCCAUCGUUCUUUUCUCAUCCCGUUUCUUCUUCUUCUUCCUCUACUUGCUUUGCUUGCCGCAGAGCGGACAGGUCGAAAUCAUCCGUGCAAAUUAGACGCUUCAACGGGCUUCAGCGAGAGUGCCACGUGGCGGCAUUGUCCUCCGACGCGCAGCAGUCGGCAUGGAGCGCCAUCAGACGCUCGGCUAUGGCGGUAGCCAAGGUGACAGCUAUGGUCGCCUCGGGAGCAGAUGUCCUCGAGGAGGAGCAGCAGCUCGAGACGGCCGAACCUUCCAAACCAUCCAAAAUUGUUCUGAAGAAGGGCUGGGUAUUCCCUAGCGACAGGCGACGGUCGAGGAGGUACCUUGAGACGCAGAAGGUGCGGGUGAGGAAGCAAGAGUAUGACCCAAGGACCGCAUUGAGUGUGAUGAAGCAGUCUGCAUCGACUAAGUUCGUGGAAUCUGCUGAAGCUCAUUUCAGACUGAACAUAGAUCCCAAGUAUUCCGAUCAGCAGCUUAGGGCAACGCGGCUGUUGAAGCAUAAGAGCGAGGAUUGCACGUACAACGUGUCUGUGUUUUACAUCUUGUCACUGCUUUAUCUUGCCAUGGAUGCAGGUGAGACCGCGAUGGAAGCGGACAAAGCGGGUGCAGAUGUGGUCGGCGCUGAUGAUUUGAUUGAAAGAAUCCAGGGUGGGUUUAUGGACUUCGACAAGCUUAUCGCCACACCUGACAUGAUGCCGAAGGUGGCCAAGCUUGGUAGGUUGCUGGGGCCGCGAGGGUUAAUGCCCAACCCCAAGGCAGGGACCGUCACAACAGAUGUAACUGCAGCCAUCAACGAGUUCAAGGCAGGCAAAGUUGAGUACCGUGCCGACAAGACGGGAAUCGUUCAUCUCUCGUUCGGUAAAGCAAAUUUCAGUGAGGAGGAUCUGCUGGCAAACCUGGUAGCGGUGACGAACUCGAUUGAGAGUAACAAGCCGUCUGGCGCAAAAGGGCAGUACUGGAAGACCAUCUAUAUUUGCACAACAAUGGGCCCGUCGAUUCGUGUGAAUGUUAGUCAGCUGAGAGAGCUGAAACUGUCAUCGCUCCUGGCCGCCUCAGCAUAGCUUGGCUUUGUCAGCGCUAUGCCUGUCCCGGUCCCGCUCCCUGUCCCUGCUCUCAAGCUAUCAGUUCCUUCUCGGGUUGACAUCGUCAAGACAUGAUGAAGACGGCGGAGGGGCCAACGAUCUCAAACGAAGAGUCUGUAGCGAGUCGCAGAACGGACGCGUUCUUCCUCCGAUCUGGAUGCAAAAAGGACCCGAAUGUUGAUCGCCGCCUCUUCUCAUCUCUGUCUAUCAGGACCUGGAAUGUGGUGAGGGAGGACUUGCAUGAUAAUUGUGGGUAGGUAGGAUGAAGCAUGGAAUUUUGUCUCAUAGCUUGACGGUAUGACACUGUUGUCAGGCGUAUGUACUGCUGCUGCAUAUGCCCUCUGUUGUUAACUAUACUGCCGCCUGUCCCUGCUGUGCUUAACUAUGCUGCCGCUGUCCCUGCUGUGCUUAACUAUGCUGCCGCCUGUCCCUCCUGUGGUUAACUAUACUGCCACCUGUGCCCCCUGUAGUUAACUAUACUGCCGCCGGUCCCCCUUGUGGUUAACUAUACUGCCGCUUGCCCCCCCCGUGGUUAACUAUUCUGCAACCUGUGCCCUCUGUGGUUAACUAUACUGCAACUAAUCAGGACUGGAGCAAAGAUCAGGACCGCUGUAGCGAGUGAUUGGAGGAUGAAGUAUGGAAUUUUGGAGCUUGGCUCAGCGAUAUGACACCUGUUGUCAUGUGUAUUUUACGGCAUGGCUGCCUUUGCGCCCUGUAGUCAACUACCUUUGCUCCCUGUGGUUAUUUUUUAACUGAUGUUGCCCCUGUGGUUAUUUUUCAACUGUAUGGCAAGGAGGUGUUUUAAUAGUCAGCAGUUUCCAGGGGGAGAUGCAAUUCCCCUUCCUUGAUGGGUGAAGUUUCGAGCAAGGAACUCUGCCCUUUGCCUUCGGCGCAGGAAGAGUACUCGAGUAUGUGUGAAACCCUGUACGCUAGUUCGAAGACGUGGUCAAUCAACUGUACGGCAAGCUUUCAAAAGUUUAACGGUCAACAGGUUGGAGGUGGAGAUGGAGAUAUGGAGAUAUGGAGAUGGGAUUGCCGUUGGUUUUCUGAAAAUCGAUGUCGAGGAGCCACUGUUUGCUUCGUAGCAGCAGGAAGAGUUGGUGUGAAAUUUUGUAAGCUAUAAUUGGCUAUCACGAAAUCAAGUCAAUGGCCCGUC